AUGAUGUCUUCGAACUACAUGAAUCUCGUGCUUGUUUCGACUCUGCUCACCAUUGUUGUCAGUGGAAGUGUUGAACAUACAGUCUUGCGCGGUGUUCCAGCUGCACAGUUAUCUAAAUAUGUUUCUUCAAAACCUUUCUCUUGCCUUGAUGGCUCAUCUACCAUUCCAUUCGAAUUUGUCAACGACGACUACUGUGAUUGUCGCGAUGGCAGUGAUGAACCUGGAACAUCAGCUUGUCCAAAUGGACGUUUCUUCUGUGAAAACAAAGGCUAUGUAGGUACGACUAUUCCGUCCCAUUUUGUCGGAGAUAGUAUCUGCGAUUGUUGCGAUGGAACUGAUGAAUAUGAAACAAAGAUUGUGUGCAAUAAUACGUGUUUUGAACUAGCUCAAAAAACUCGAGCUGAACAUGAAGCACGUCGGGCAUUGCAUGAGGCAGGUGUUGCCAAAAAAAUGGAAAUCAUCAAACAGUCAGUGGUGAUCAAAGCAGAUCGAGAGGCACGUCUCCGUGAAUUUGAACAAAGUUUGGAGAAACUCGAAAGCGAAUUGAAGGAAAAAGAAGAAUUGAAAAAUCAGGCAGAAAUUCCCGAAAAUGAAGCGAAAGAAAAGCAUCAGAAAAUAUGGGAAGAACAACGUGCUGUACGGGAAGCAAUUGCACACGACAACCAAAUGCGUGAAAUGUUUGCUGAAUUAGAUACCAACAAUGAUUCAUUAGUAUCAAUUGAAGAGUUACAAAAACAUACAGAACUUGACACUGACCUUGAAAAUGAAUUCACUGCUGAGGAAGUUCGCACAAUCCUCGGAGCUGAUGCGGUCAAUUUUGACGACUUUAAUAUUACUGUAUUUGAUCAAAUAUCGAACUCCUAUAAAAAACUACACGAGCCAAUAAUUGAAACUCCCGUUGAUGUCAAUGACGUUGUCGCAUCUACAGAAGCAUAUUUGAAGCAAAAUGAUGAACAAGGACAAGAACAGCAUCAUGAAGAAGAAAUAUCUGAAGAACAAGAAGAUGAACAUGAUUUCGAUCAACAUGAAACUCCUUCACCAGUUGCAACAUCUCUUGAACACGAAAAACACAUUCAUGAUGAUACCGUACCAGAGUACGAUGAUGAAACAAAACGAUUAAUUCAAACAGCUGAUCAUGCACGUAACGAGUAUCAUGACGUCGAACGACGCGUUCAUGAUGUUAAACGAGAAAUCGAAGAUCUAAAACGACAAUCAGAUGUUGAUACAGGUGUUCAUGGCGAAUAUUCUGCAUUUAUUGACCAAUGCUAUGAUUAUGAAGAACGUGAAUACACUUAUCGAGUGUGUAUGUUCAAAGAUGCUAAACAGAUUCCUAAAGGUGGUGGCGGUGAAGUAAUAGUUGGAUAUUGGGAUUCAUGGGUUGGUCCAACGACAAAUAAAUAUUUAAAAAUGAAAUAUUCCAAUGGUGCUACAUGUUGGAACGGUCCAGCUCGAUCGUUAACAGUCACAUUUCGCUGUGGUAUCGAACACAAAGUUGUCGAUGUACGUGAACCGACUCGGUGUGAAUAUGCAAUGAUAUUCGAAACACCAUCUGCAUGUGAUGAAACUAUUGCUUCGGGUACACAACAUCAUGGUCAUGAAGAAUUUUAA